AUGAAUCACGUACCAUCAAAUAAUAUAGAUCAAUAUUUGAAGGACAACACUUUUGAAAAUCAACAUAAUCAAAAUAAUGACGUAAUUAAUAGCACCAACAACACUUCAUCAUCAACUUCAAAUAGACUAAACAAAUUACGGAACAAUUUACAACAACAUCAUUCACAAUAUCAAUCACAAGAUCUGAGUAUAUUUUUACAACCACAUCAAUCAUCAUCAUCAACAAAAACAUUAUUAAACCUUCAAAAAACGCGUUCAUUUGAAGGAAAUUCCUCAGAUUUUUCAACUAUUCAUUCAUCUUCCAAAACUCAACCAUAUGAUCCCCACCAUGCAAACCUGACUGAUCAUAGAUUUUCCAAAACUAUGCCAUCAACACCAAUGGUUGAAUUUGAUAUAAUUGCUAAAAAGAAAUCAUUAAAUAAAUUAAAUAUUAGAUCUCAAGUUUUUAAAAAUGGUAUAUUAAGUCCAAAUAUACCAUCUUCAAUAAAAAAUCAUUUUAAAAAAGAAAAUAAUAAUCAAAAUUUUAUAAAUGAUGAAAGUGAUGAUGAAUUAACUUCCUUACAUCCAUUAAAAACAAAUGAUUCAUAUGGAUCAAUAAGUUUUAUAAGUAAAUUAAAUAAUUCUUUUCAAAAUAUUAGAAAUUUUUAUAAUGAUUUUACAACUAUUGAUUGGGUAAAAGCUUAUUUAAAUGCAAAUAAAUUUAAUUAUUCUUUAAAAAAGAAUAAAUGGGUUAAUAAUGACAAUAAUGAUAAUGAUAAUGAUAAUGAAUCUUUUGAUUUUCAUGAAAUAAUGAAUAAUAACAAGAUACCAUUUUUACAAAAACAAUAUUAUAUAUUAGGUAAAUGGAUAUUAAUAAUUUUAAUUGGUUUAAUUUUUUCAAUUAUUGCUUUUGUUAUUGAUAAAUUUGAAAUAUUAUUAGUUGGUUUUAAACAUGGUUAUUGUAAAACAAAUUGGUUUGCAAGUCAAAUAUCUUGUUGUUCUGAUAUUAUAAAUGAACAUAAAACUUUUAUUCAUUCUCCAUUUAAAGAAUUUGAAAGAUGUGAUAAUUGGAUAAAUUGGUCAAGAUUUUUUAAUAGAUAUUGGUGGUUUAAUGAUAAAAUUAGAAUAGAUUAUAUUAUUUAUGUUGUUUUAUCAAUAUCAUUAGCUUGUAUUGCUUGUUUGAUUACAUUAACUACCAAAAUAGCUGGAGGUUUAGAAGAUGAAACAGUUACAAAUACUAAUGAAUUCCAUGACGAAGAGAAUGAACAACAACAACAACAACAACAUCCAAUUAAGACAAGAAUAAUUUACACUGCGACUGGAUCAGGUGUACCAGAAGUUAAAACAAUUUUAUCUGGAUUUGUUAUUCGUCGAUUUCUUGGAGCUUAUACACUUUUUGCAAAAACUAUAGCAUUGAUUUUAGCUAUUGCAUCAGGUAUGUCAAUAGGUAAAGAAGGUCCAUAUGUUCAUUUAGCUACUUGUGUUGGUAAUAUUCUUUCGAGAUAUUUCUCAUUCAUUUAUAAAAAUGAUUUAUUUGAAAAAGAAUUACUUUCUGCAAGUGCAUCCGCUGGUGUAGCAUUAGCUUUUGGAUCACCAUUAGGUGGAGUUUUAUUUAUAUUAGAAGAAAUUAAUAAUUAUUUACCAAAUCAUCAAUUAUUUCAAAUAUUUUUUUGUGCUAUUAUAUCAACUUUAUUUUUAAAAUUUUUAAAUCCUUAUGGUACUGGAAAAACUGUUUUAUUUGAAUUAGAAUAUUAUUCAGAUUGGAGACCUAUUGAAUUAUUAUUCUUUGUUAUAAUUGGAAUAUCUGGUGGUAUAUUUGGAGCAUCAUUUGUUAAAUUUAUAAAAUGGUGGCCUAAAAAUUUUAGAUCCUUGAGGUUUAUAAAAGAUAAACCAUUAUUUGAAGUAUUUUUAAUAGCUACAAUAACUGGAUUAAUUACAUUUUGGAAUCCAUAUACUAAGCAAGCUUCUGCAGAAUUAGUUUUAGAUUUAGCUACAUCAUGUUCAGGUAGAGAAUUAGAUCGAUCAUUAUGUCCAACAACAAUUGAACAAUUUAUUAAAGAAUUAGGUUCAUUAUCUUUAGCAUUUAUUAUUAAAAUAAUUUUAACAUUUAUUACAUUUGGAUUAAAAAUUCCUUCUGGUAUUUAUGUUCCAUCAAUGGUUGCUGGUGCAUUAUAUGGAAGAAUAUUUGCAAUGAUUAUUCAAUGGAUAAAUUAUUUUUUAAAAAAACAAACUAAUUCAAUUGAACCAUUUGAUAUAAUUUGUUUACCAAAUUCAAAAGAUUGUGUUGAUAUGGGAAUAUAUGCAAUGAUUUCUGCUGGUGCUUUUAUGGCUGGAGUAACAAGAAUGAAUAUAACUAUAGUUACAAUAUUAUUUGAAUUAACUUCAUCUUAUACUUAUGUAUUACCAAUAUCAAUUGCAAUAGCAGUUGCAAAUUGGUCAGGUGGUUUAUUAGAAAAAAAUUCAUUAUAUGAAUCAUUAUUAAUAAGUAAUGAUUAUCCAUUUAUGUCACCUGCAACAGAUCCAAUAGAUCCAAAUAUAAAAAGUAUUGAUAUUAUAAAUAAUGAUUUAUUACCAACAAUAUCAAAAACAAAUAUAAUAGAUAAUAAGAAAUUGUUUAUUGAUUUAUCUGAUUCAAAUUAUGUUUCAAUUACAAUUUUACAAAAUAAAUUAAUAAUGUUAGCAAAUCAAUGUUUAUUAGAUGGUUGUAUUCCAUUAAUUAAAAAUCAAAUUUGUAUAGGAUUAAUAUAUUUUUCAGAAUUAGAAAUAUGUUUAGAUAAAAUUAAUUCAUUUAUUGAAGAAUAUGAUAUAAAUUAUGAAAUUUAUUGUAAAUUGCACCCAGAAAAUAACAGAUCCAAAAAGAAUGUAAAUGAAGAUUAUUUUUCAUAUGGUAUGAACCAGCAAGAAAAUGAAUUUGAUAUUGUAUUAAAUGAAUUAACUGAUUUAACUUCAAUAGUUGAUACAAAACCAAUUUUUAUAAAUUAUGAUAGUGAAUUAGCUUUAGCAAAUUUAAUAUUUGAUGGAAUUGGAAAUAGAGUUAUAGUAUUAUUAAAAAAUGGGAAAUAUUAUGGAGUUUUACAUAAAAAGGUAUUAAUUGAUUAUUUAAGACGAGGAGAAAAUGAUUAA